AUGACCCAGCUCUGCUUACCCAGGCCCAAAGCCCUUGCUUAUCCUAUCCCAGUCCCUCCCAGGGGCCUGGGUGCGGGGGAGGGGUCGUGUAGUCCAGUGGGUCCACAUACGUCCCCCUGGGGCCCUAACCUGGCCCAGCUCCUCGACAGCGUCCUAGGGCUGGGGGCACUGGGGCUGACGAUUGGGACAGUCUUUUCCACGGCUGGCCCAGCCUUGUUGCUGCUGCUUCUGGUCAGUUUCCUGGCCUUCGAACUGCUCCACUGGCCCGCAGACGCCCCCGGGCCACAGCACACACUUCUCAUGGGAGGCCGGAGUCAGGGGGCCGGUGAGGGUCCGGGACAGCGGGAGGCUGUCCUCCUACCUACGGCGGCGGUGGUCCCAGGAAGACUCAGCCCCCACGAGGCCCUGCUGCUGCUGCUUCUGGGCCUGGGGUUGUUCCUGGGAGCGCGCGGCGUGCCCGUGGCCCUGCUCGGCCUGGCUUUCUGCCUCCAUCCUUGGAUCUGA